AUGGGUCGUUUUGUCGAGUCUCCAGCUACUGCUGCUCCUUCUUCCCUGAAAAAUGCAGGGUCCGAUCAAUCUUCGUCUUCCUCUCCGAGUGCCACCCUUCGCUCUUACCCAGUCCAUAAGAGCACCAGUCUCAUCAACCUUCCUUCGGCCCUCAAUUCCUAUCACCCACCUAGGAUACGUUUCUCCAUCGAUACCGAUACCGGCGACGUCUUGUCGAGAAACCCUGUCGUGGGCGAUGCUGAUCACGUCUACUCUUCGGGUUUGCGACGGAUCCGACAGCAGAUCGCCCCAUCCUCCCCGAUCCACGUUACCCACUCCCUCCCGGGCUCUCGUGUCGGAUCUAUAUCCAUGUCCGCAUCCCCCACCCUUGGCGCCUGCGAGGACCUAGUACGCUUCCCCACAGAAUCCCUUCACUCCUUCUCCUUCGCUCAUCAAUCCGACGAUGCCAUCCACACUCGCCAGAACAUCUUGAAACGAAGCAUAGAGUUCAUGAGAGAUCGCUUGGGCUGGGCUGGUUCGAACCCCAUGAUUGCUAGUGCGCAAGCUAAAGUUGAGGGGGACGAGGAGAUGGUCAAGAUGAUGGAGCUGCUGCAGAAGGCAAACCUACUUGUCGGUCCCGACUCUAAGGAUCUUCUCCUCAGUACCCCGAUGUCGGGUCCCGCUACGGGUCCCGCUAUGACCGGUGACUCGAACCCGUUCGAUAGGAAUUUCCAGGCUAGAAAUCAAGCAAUGGCUUCCAUGCCAUCCUCCCCGCUAUCCCCCCCGCAAUCCGACGGCAACUUCCAAUUCACCGAUGAACCCGGUCAGAUGGACCCUGCCGAGAGUGUUUUCGGCUCUCAACCUUCUUCCCGCAGUACCACCAACGAAUCCGCUUCCACAGCUAAAACCUCCCCUCCGCCGACCCGCAGGACUAGCCUCAAGCGCACCUACACUGACACAUCCCCGCUGAGCCUCCAGACUAAGCUCCUGGAGGCUCUAGCACAACCAUAUCUCGUCGGUGAAACCCCACUAUCAACCAUUGGGGCCACCCCAGCCAGAGGGGGAAGCAUCAGCGGUUCAACAGUCCACAAUCACAGCAAUAGAUAUGCACCUGCUUCCCAGGCAAUCUUUACAACGACGUCCAGCUACCCGUGGACUAUCCUUGCCGCUAACGAUUUGGCUUGCCUCGUCUUCGGCGUCACCAAAGCAGAAGUCAGGAAAAUCGGUAUCCUAGAAGUCGUGAAGGAAGAGCGAAGAGAAUGGCUAGCCGAAAAACUGAGAGGGCCCGGCGCAUCCGGGCAGUACCGCCAGCCAUCCCCUCCACCAAUGACAUCCCUCCAGCGAGCCCUCUCGAAACCCAAAUCGGUGGCUCGAAAGUCAAGAACCGAGGAGUUAUACAACAUUGGCCGCGAUCCCGCCACUAGGAACAUGUCGAAUCCACAUCAUAACAAGAAUAAAUCUAGAGGUGUUAUUUUGUGUGGAGAUGUGGUUCCCAUCCAGAAGCGGAACGGUAAAGUCGGGGCUGCAAGUCUUUGGGUUAAAGAGAAGAGGACCGGUUUGAUCUGGGUCCUGGAAGAGAUUAAUGAGGAUGUCGUGUAUCUCAAUAUUGAUGAAAAUGUAUCUUGCUUCACGGUUGCGCCUAGCGGGGAGCCGGAAAAAAUAUUCGGGGACCGACCGAUUAGUGCUGGAGACUCAGUCGCGCGACUGCUGCCUGGGCUACCUAGGCGUGAGGAUGAUAGUGGCCUGAUAGACUUUGGCAGGCUGGAAGACAACGGACAGUACACCGCUAAGCACGUGGCCGGCCUUUCCGUACCGUGCACGGUCGAGCACAGGCCGUCGGAACAUCAGUUGAAAGUCUCAAGUUUCCCACAUAUCGCGGGGAUCCUCGUCUUAUCGGCUUCAUCGCUAGUUAUUCAGAGCUCGAAUAGCGUCUUUUCAUCGGCAUUGUUCGGACAGUCGAAACCCGCAGGAUUACAUGUCAACGAGUUGUUACCUGGAUUCGAUAGAAUGUUAAAAUUUUUGGAGACAGAAGAUAAGAUUCAGUUGGUGGAUGGAAUUGUGGUUCCGGAACAUUCGUUUAGAAGAACCAGAGCCAUACUUGCCUUAAGAGACGGGAAGGAAAACGCUGCUGCUGCAUUCUUUAGACCGACAGGGCUUAACGCCAAACACAGAGAUGGAGGAGAGCUGAGGGUGGAUGUUCAGAUGAGGGUUGUGACUUCAGAGUCUGAUGUUGCAAUCUUAGACCCUGAAGGAUCGGAGUUGCUUGGAGAUAAAUCUGAGCUGGUGUACGCUCUUUGGGUUACCUAUUCUCGAAACCAUGCGAUAUCUGAGGAACAGCUUGACCCCCUGACGGGAUUACAAAAACUGAUACCUGAAACUCCACCGCAUCAACCAUCGCCUGGUCAGACCGGCACUCCGAUUUUACAACGUGUUGAUAGCACCCCUCAACCGGAAAAUGUACCCAAGGGCGCCGCCAUAACGCGACAGUUAGAACGGGUUCUCGCCGAGGAGAAUAUCAAGAAACCACAACCUCCAGCGCCUAAGAAGGAGGCCGUCGAACACUCACAACUAGAUGGCCAUAAGAAGACGGUGAGGGACUUUGUAAUCCUGGAAGACAUGGGCCAAGGCGCAUACGGCCAAGUCAAACUCGCGCGGUACCGAAAAAACCAGAAUAAGAAGGUGGUGCUCAAGUAUGUCACCAAAUCACGAAUUUUGGUGGACACUUGGACACGCGACCGACAGCUCGGUACCGUUCCAUUGGAAAUCCACGUAUUAAACUACCUUCGACGCGAAGAUCUACGACACCCGUGUAUCGUUGAGAUGGAGGACUUUUUUGAAGAUGAUACCAAUUACUAUAUUGAAAUGAAGCCGCACGGCCUUCCCGGGAUGGAUCUGUAUGAUUAUAUUGAGUUGAAAGUUACGAUGGAUGAAGCAGAGUGCAGGAGUAUUUUCCAACAGGUUGCGCAGGCAUUACAGCACUUACACACGAAAGCACUAGUUGUGCAUCGAGAUGUUAAAGAUGAGAAUGUAGUUUUGGAUGGAGAGGGGAGGAUCAAGUUGAUUGAUUUUGGGAGCGCAGCAUACAUUAAGAAUGGGCCUUUUGACGUAUUCGUGGGAACUAUUGACUACGCUUCGCCAGAGGUGUUGAAGGGCAAGUCGUAUCGAGGGAAGGAGCAGGAUAUCUGGGCUCUGGGCGUUCUCCUUUACACGAUCAUCUAUAAGGAGAAUCCGUUUUACAAUAUCGACGAGAUAAUGGAUCACGAUAUACGUAUCCCCUGGAGCACUAGUGAUGACAGUAUUGAUCUGAUAAAGGGCAUGCUUAACCGAGAUGUUGAAAAGCGAUUGACAAUCAGCCAGGUGCUUGAACAUCCUUGGUGUACUUCGCAACAUAACGCAGUAUUGCCGGCACCGCCUCCUUUGGAUACGAUAAGUGCGCAGACUCAAGCUGUUGCUCAGAAAGGAUAG